AUGGAUGAUCAAUUUCAAAUUUUGUUUGAUAAAAUGAAAAUCGAAAUGCAGAAACAGACCGUUGAGCUGAAAGAGUCUAUAACAAAUUCAAUUAUGGAGAAAACAGAAGAAAAAAUAAAACCUAGUAUAGAUGAAAACAAAGAUUUAAAAAAAAUAAAUAAACUUGAAAAUGAGAUUGAGUAUUUGAAAAGAGAUAAGAAGCAAAAGAACAUUAUUAUUUUUGGACUAAAGGAGGAAGAAGAACCUACGUCUGGUCCAAUACAAAAGGUGAAAAAAAUAUUCAAUAAAGACAUAAAUAUAAAUAUUGAGGCUUUUGAAAUAAACAACAUUUAUCGCAUCGGUAAGAGAAAAUCAAGUGUAAAGCCGAGACAGGUUAUGCUCUCCUUUGUUAAUGCAUGGAAGAAAAAUGAGAUAAUGAAAGUCCGGAAGAAUCUCAAAGAUAUAUAUGUCACAGAGGAUUAUACUAAAGAAGUUUUGGAUAAGAGAAAAUUGUUACAAACUAGUCUGAAAGAAGAAAGAAAUAAAGGAAAUUUCGCAUAUCUGAAAUACGACGAACUUGUGGUAAAGGAAAAUAAUGCAACCAAGGAAAAAAGAAAAAGAGAAAUAUCUUCAUCGCUGCGAGACAAUACAAAAGUUAAGAAACAAACCUGGAUGCCAUCACAAGACAAUAGGCGUAAUGCUUUAGAUGUCAUGAGAGGCAGAUCCAACUCUCUCUCUUCCUAUACGGCGGAUAAUAAUAGGCAAUAA